CUCGGACGAGUCCGGGCAGGCUAUGUGCGCGAGCUUCACGCACGCGCCGAUGUCGCUGCUGCCCACGCCGUUCCCCCGCGAGGUCUUCGAGCUCGCGCUGCGGGUCUCCCCGUCCUUCGCCGCGCUCUGCGACGCGGUGAGCAGGGACGAUGAGUUCCUCCGCACCACCCUCGCGGGCGUCAUUAAGACGGACGAGUUCACGCGUCGCAUAUGGGACAUCUACGAGCGAUGCGGCGCGCAGGAGGGGCGGCACCGCAUGGAACUCGGCGUGCUCAGAUCGGACUACAUGCUCGACGAGCCGUCCGGAUUGCCGCUGCAGGUCGAGGUCAACACCGUGUCCACGUCGUUCAUGGCGCUGUCCACCCGCGUCGGCGAGAUGCACAGGCACACCAUCUCCCGCGCCGGCCUCGUCUCCCACUACGCCCCUCGCGCUGCUCACGACGGAUCCGACGACGACGACACAGCCGGCGACGACGACGCAGCUGUGCACGACGACGACUUCGCGCUUUGGCCGAACCUGCCGCUCAACCGCGCGCUGGAGUCGGCCGCGGACACGCUCGCCGCGGGAUGGCGGGCGAUGGGCGAGGACGACGCGUCCAUUCUCUUCGUGGUGCAGCCCCACGAGAGGAACGUGUUCGAUCAGCGGCUCAUCGCGCAGAGGCUGUGGGAAGCUCACGGCGUUCGAUGCGUUCGCGCGACGCUCAAGGAAAUCGAUCAACUGGCGACUGUGGAUUCGGUGACGAAACGGCUGCGUUUGGGGAACGUGCCGUGCUCCGUGGUGUACUAUCGCGCCGGGUACGCGCCGACGGACUACCCCGGGGAGGAGGAGUGGCGCGCGAGGGAGCUUCUGGAACGUUCCGGAGCGGUCAAGUCGCCGAGCGCGGCGAUGCACCUCGCCGGGUGUAAGAAGAUUCAGCAGGCUCUGGCGCAGCCCGGCGCGCUCGAACGAUUCGUGAAGGACGCCGGGGAGAUGGCGGAGAUGCGCAAGGUGUUCGCGGGGCUGUACGCCAUGGACGGCGCGGCGGCGGCGGACGCCGUGCGAUUGGGAUUGGGCGACCCUCGCGGAUACGUGUUGAAGCCGCAGCGAGAGGGCGGCGGUAACAACCUCUACGGGGACGAGCUCACCGCCGCGCUGAGGACGUACGACCCCGACGCGUCACCGGGUGAGCCCGGGGACCUCAGCGCGUACAUCCUGAUGCAGCGAAUAUUUCCUCCGGCGAACAGGACGCUGUGCCUGAGACGCGGGGAGCUCGCCGAGCUGGAGACGCUGUCAGAGCUGGGCGUGUACGGGGGGUACCUUCGGGUCGGCGAGACGGUGGUGCUGAACGAGGUUGGCGGCCAUCUGCUGCGGACGAAGGCGGCGACGAGCGACGAGGGCGGCGUGGCGGCCGGGUACGCGGUCCUGGACUCUCCACUGCUGUACUAGCCAGUCCCGCGAGGGCGGUUGUUUAUUUGUCGAGAGCCGUCUCUGAGUUUUU